UCUGAUUGUUUUCUUGGUGGUAUAUAAGGGGUUUUAAGGAGAGUCGUGUGCCAGACACGCAGCCACUGAACCACAAGCAGCUUCGCUUUAACUGGAGUGCCCGGGAGUCGCGUGCCAGGAGCCGCACUGCCGAGGACUGACUGACAGACAGACACGCACCACCACCACAACACACGAGAUCCAGGCGGAUCGCCGCGGCCACCGGGGAUCUUGGCAAACUCGUCCGUCGGACCGGUCCCCCGUGGAGCCGCACCCGAGCCGCUGUUUUCAAGCGAGGAGGAGGACGCAGCGCUGCGCUCCCGGCGGCGCGGAGAAUCGCUUCAGCACACGCCAAAGUACUAGCGACCCUGAGACUCAUUUAGGGAGCAAACUACGAUGUUUGUUAAAUCCGAAACCUUGGAGUUGAAGGAGGAAGAGGACGUGCUGGUGCUGCUCGGCUCGGCCUCCCCCGCCUCUGCCGCCCUCACCCCGUUGUCGUCCAGCGCCGACGAGGAGGAAGAGGAGGAGCUGGGCGCGUCGGGCGGGGCGCGCCGGCCGCGCGGGGCCGAGGUCGGGCCGGGUGGGCUCGGCGGCUCUCCGGCCGGAGCCGAGGGCUGCCGGCCCGCGCGGCUGCUGGGUCUGGUGCAUGAGUGCAAGCGGCGCCCCUCCAGGGCGCGAGCCGUUUCCCGCGGCGCCAAGACGGCCGAGACGGUGCAGCGCAUCAAGAAGACCCGUAGAUUGAAGGCUAACAACCGUGAGCGCAACCGCAUGCACAACCUCAAUGCCGCGCUGGACGCGCUGCGCGAGGUCCUCCCCACGUUUCCCGAGGAUGCCAAGCUCACCAAGAUCGAGACCCUGCGCUUCGCCCACAAUUACAUCUGGGCGCUCACCGAGACCCUGCGCCUGGCGGACCAUUGCGGGAGUGGCGGCGGAGGCCUGCCGGGGGCGCUCUUUUCCGAGACUGUGUUGCUGAGCCCGGGAGGCGCUAGCGCCUCCCUGAGUAGCAGCGGAGACAGCCCGUCGCCUGCCUCCACCUGGAGCUGCACCAACAGCCCAGCGCCGUCCUCUUCCGCGUCCUCCAACUCCACCUCCCCCUACAGCUGCACUUUAUCUCCUGCCAGCCCGGCGGGUUCUGACAUGGACUAUUGGCAGCCCCCACCUCCCGACAAGCACCGCUACGCACCUCACCUCCCCAUAGUCAGGGACUGUAUCUAGAACUGCCCUCCUUGCUACCCGCUCCAGGCCUUAGUAGGUUCCCGUUCUUGUCCCUGACCAAGCCCUCCUCCCACCCCUCUCCCGUCUCCACUUCUAUAUGCCCCGGAAACUAUCUCACUUUACGGGGCAGAUGUAGGCAUUCUGAAUCCUGGGUUGUUUGCUGCAUUCCUUGGCUAAGGGUUUCCUUCCUUCAGACGGUCUCUACUUUAUUGAUGGUGUGAUGGAGCUUAUUGUCAAAGAGGAUGGUAGAAUUUGGGGGGGGGGCGUUUCUACGGCUAGAAAGAUGCUGGAAAGCGACGAAGGUGGCAUGUCUAAAGAGUAUGCAGAGCGGACUGACGCUCCUCCCCCUCUCUGUAACACCAGAGGGACUCGGAGCAGUUCGUGUGAAUCUCCCAGGGGGAAUGCAACUGGUUCCUCUGAUCUCUUCACCUUUGCUUCUACAUAGAGAUGUUAAUGUCGAGUAGAAACAAAUGUAUCUUAGCAUCUGAAUGAUUUUACCGGUAAUAAUAUUAUCCACAGAUUUGCAAUGGCUGGCAUCUGCUUUAUUCCCAUUGCUGUCUGAGGGCUGUGGGAAUUUCACCUGUCAAACCAAACUUUCCCUCUCUGAUGUGCACUUUGUUCUGUUUCCCAGAUUCGUCACAAUGCCUAUUGUCCCGUUCUUCUCUUUCCUUUUUCUUCUCCAUUUUGCCAUCUGUCUCUUAUGAUUUAUAAGGGGAAAAAAAGUUGUUUUGUUAGAGGGCCAGGUUAGAAGUCAUUGUAUAAUUUGUAGGCUUUGUAAUGAUUGAAUGCAAGCGUGGAAAUUUAGGCUGAACUCUCUAUCAAAAGGAAAAAUGUGGAGGAAAAGGGAAAAAUCGGGAGGGAGGAUUGUUUCAUGCAUUAUUUAUCUCGACCUUUUAGGGGAGAAGGAACUCCCCCAUUCUUUCAAGAGAUUAAAAAUAAAUCAACAGACUGAAAACCUGAGCAGACACGGAGCAUUAUCAGGAUCAGCCACACAC